AUGGCAUUCGAUAAUGUGAUGAUCGGUGAUGGUUUCGUGCCGGCGAUGACGUUGGGACCAGGACAAAAAGCAAGGCUGAAUUUUGGCCAAGACUCGAACACACUCAAAUACUUCACCACUUCUGGCCUUCAGGAGGGAUACGAGCCAUUCUGCGUGAAUAUGUAUCGUCAAUUGCCCCUAUGGUACGGCAAAAUGAUGUGUCUUUUCGAAGAUAUCGGCUCAAAUUCAACAAUCGAUGUAUCCCGAAUACCGGCCACUGGUAACAGUCCACCGUCGUUGAAAAUCACGCAAAAGGUAGACUUAAAUUUGGUUUUUUUUGGCUCGAAUCGUUUCAUUUGA